AAUUUUCGCUGCGUUGCUGAUAGUUUCCGAACAACGAGAGAAAAAACUGUAAAAUGCCCUGGAGAUAUGAGUUACUGGGUGAUGAGUUGGUUUCCAAGGGCGGAAGCAUUACACCAGAUAGUUUGAAUCUUUACGGGGAAGACGUUUUGGGACUAUACUUCGGUGCACAUUGGUGUCCACCAUGCAGGCAAUUCACUCCCAAACUGGCGCAAUUCUAUAACGAUGUGAAUGCCGGAGGCAAAAAGUUUGAAGUGGUCUUUGUUAGUCUGGACACAGAGGAGAACUCGUUCAACGGAUAUUAUAACGACAUGCCUUGGCAUGCAAUUCCCUUUAAAAGUGAUUUAAGGGAAAAACUGGCUGGUAAAUUCUAUGUGAGAGAACUUCCAACUUUGCUUUUACUUGAUUCAAGAGGAAAUCUGAUUACAACUAAAUCUGGUGUAAGACAGAUGAUCUCGAUUGAUCCAGCUGGUGAAAAGUUUCCAUGGAAGGUAUAGCAAGAGGCUCUAAUCGUCAUUCCAGACAUAUAUUGUUCUUCAUUCAUAUAUAUAGUACAUUGUUAUAUUUACACACUCAUUUGCACUUGCUUAGAAUAUAAUUCAAUACCAAAUUUUUUUUUACUAAUCAUACAUUGUGUAUUCACAUACUCAAUAUUAUAAAUGUGAUUGUUUAGU